AGUAUGCAGGAAACUGAUUAUCAGGCCACAAAUGCUUUCACAGAGUGCAAAUUCACCUGCACCAGCGGUAAAUGCUUGUAUCUUGGUUCACUGGUCUGUAACCAACAGAACGACUGUGGGGACAAUAGUGAUGAAGAAAAUUGUCUCCUGGUGACUGAACAUCCACCUCCUGGCAUCUUCAACUCGGAGCUGGAGUUUGCCCAGAUCAUCAUUAUCGUCGUGGUGGUCACAGUGAUGGUCGUGGUCAUCGUCUGCCUGCUAAAUCACUACAAAGUCUCCACACGGUCCUUCAUCAACCGCCCGAAUCAGAGCAGAAGGCAGGAGGACGGGCUACAGCCGGAAGGGCGCCUGUGGCCUUCAGGCAGCUCCGGGCCUCGGCCAGGGGCCUCAGAGAUCAUGUAUGCCCCGAGGUCCAGGGACAGGUUUACCGCCCCAUCCUUUAUCCAGAGGGACCGGUUCAGCCGUUUCCAGCCCACCUACCCCUACGUGCAGCACGAGAUCGACCUUCCUCCCACCAUCUCCUUGUCUGACGGGGAGGAGCCGCCUCCUUACCAGGGGCCCUGCGCCCUGCAGCUCAGGGACCCUGAACAGCAGAGAGAACUCAACCGAGAAUCUGUGCGGGCCCCGCCCAACCGAACCAUAUUCGACAGCGAUUUGAUAGACAUUUCCGUGUGCAGUGGGGGCCCGUGUCCGCCGAGCAGCAACUCGGGCAUAAGUGCCAGCACCCGCAGCAGUAACGGGAGGAUGGAGGGGCCGCCCCCGACGUACAGCGAGGUGAUGGGCCACUACCCGGGCGCCUCCUUCUUCCAUCACCAGCACAGUAGCGCGCACCGGGCGAGCAGACUGCCGUUUCAGCAGGACAGCUCGGGGGGCACAGUGCUGCCCCUCCAGGGCAAAGACAGGAAGCCCGGCAACCUCGUCUGACCCACCCACGUGCACAGGAGGAGGAAGACGCCAAGCAGGGAGGAGGGCCGCGCCGCCUCCGCACCUCGGGCACGGUGGUGGUCCGUCUCACCUGCUACAACGAAGUAAAACCAAAUGUGCAAACGUGGUCUUUAUUUCUGAUUCCUUUCAGGGGAAUUGCAUGCAGACUAGACUGAAAUAAUACAAACUUCCAUCCGGUCUGACCGCGAACAGUGUUUAUCUGGGGACAGGCGUCAGGACGGGGUGGGGGUGGGGGCUGGUUUUGGCAAAGGGCGGGCUUGGGAACACAGAGAAAGGGAUGCUUGGAAGAGAUCAUGAAAUAAAACCCACAGAGGUAUUUGAUUUAUUUAAUUAUGAAAGGAGACUUUUCAGAGAAAGAGGCCAGAAUGGCCCGUUUUAUAACUAAUUGAUAAAGAAGGAUGCAUUAUUAUAUAUUAUCAUGGGGAAGUAUCGGCCAGUUUGCUUUUUCUCCCAAGGUGUGGAACUUUUAUUUUGUUUUAAAAACAUGAUUCAGAAUUCCUGUUUUGUGUGCCAAGGUAUAAAGUGAAGAAGUUAGAUGAAUGCAAGGAGUUAAUUUGUGUUGUGAUGAUGUGUUUUUAAAAAGUUGCACUAUCUAAAUGUUUAUAUAUGAGGGGACUGUUCCAUGUGACGUUCUGUAUGUUGUCUUCUCACCUGUGGAUUAUUAUUAGGCUCGAGGAAUACCUGGAGUGUUCCCCAUAAUCACGCGAGAAAAGAUGUUUGGGGAUGUGGCCUCACAUACACCAACUUACCUAAAUCUGGAAGCCAUUCCUGUUGCAGGAGUUUGCUUCACAUAGCAGUGCACCACUGAAGUAUUUGGAGACUUUUGGAUGGAAGAUAGGAAAUACUAAAUCCCAGCAUUUCUGACUUGUUGAGUUACUCUGCUAGUCUUAGGCUGCAUAUUUGAUUAACUUUGACCCCAACACAUGCAUUUAUGUACCCGGUAUCAUGCAGUGCUGCCCAUCCUCCCGCGGUGCAGUUUCUUCAGUAAUUUAGAGGUUUUUUUUCCACUGUAGCAUGAAAUAUACUCAGAUACAUACAUUAUUUUAUGCAAUAAAUUGUUUAAAAUGCAAGGUGGUUAUUUUUAAUACUGUUGAACUAUGUGACUUCUCAGU